GCAGCUGCCGACUGGCUGGCCGCCAGGCGCGUGCGUAGAGACGCCCACACGCCAGGUGAUGCGCACGCGCCCUGGGUCGCGCGUGCGCGCGUCGGGUCCCGGAAUGAGCCGGGGAAAGCAAGCGGAAGGGUUGGGGUUGGCUCCCGGUUUCGCGCAUGCGUGCGCUGCACAAACCAUUUGGCGGGUUUUUCCCGGCCACUCUGUUCUGCCACCGUCACUGAGAAACUCAGCGGUAGCUUUUAGGAAGCAGGACGUUCUCUCCAGGAAAGCGUCCUCUCGAGAUUUCUGCUCCCUCUAUUCAGGGCGUUUGGGGGCCACCCCUUCAUUUUUUAAAAAACGUAUUUCUCUGUGACCGACGGCCGGGGCCCUCUAACGGUCUGAGGUCUUGCUUGGGCCAGUCACCUCCUGUCACGGUCCGCGGAGGGUGGAAGGAUAAGAGGGCGAGGCGCUCAUCGCUCGCCAGGCCCGUGGGUUUCUUGGGCACAGGUCGGAGCUGGGUGGGCCGGCUCCCCGGCCCCUGGCUUGGGCGACCAUGUCCGCAUCCCCCCAGCAGCUGGCGGAGGAGCUGCAGAUCUUCGGCCUAGACUGCGAGGAGGCUCUAAUUGAGAAAUUGGUAGAGCUUUGUGUUCAGUAUGGACAGAAUGAGGAGGGAAUGGUAGGCGAGCUUAUAGCCUUCUGCACCAGCACACAUAAAGUUGGCCUUACCUCAGAGAUCCUGAACUCUUUUGAGCAUGAGUUUCUGAGCAAAAGAUUAUCAAAAGCCCGGCACAGUGCCUGCAAGGACAGUGGCCAUGCAGGAGCUAGAGACAUUGUUUCCAUUCAAGAGCUAAUUGAAGUGGAAGAAGAAGAGGAAAUUCUCUUGAACUCUUACACCACACCCUCAAAGGGUUCUCAGAAGCGAACUAUCUCCACCCCAGAAACCCCCCUAACAAAAAGAAGUGUAUCAACUCGUAGCCCCCAUCAGCUCCUCUCACCAUCAAGUUUCUCUCCAAGUGCUACUCCCUCCCAGAAAUACAACUCAAGAAGUAACCGAGGAGAAGUGGUUACCUCCUUCGGCUCAGCACAGGGAGUGUCUUGGUCUGGGAGAGGAGGAGCUGGAAACAUCAGCCUGAAGGUCUUGGGGUGUCCAGAGGUACUAACAGGGAGCUACAAAUCCAUGUUUCAGAAGCUCCCAGACAUUCGAGAAGUUCUGACAUGUAAGAUAGAAGAACUCGGCAGCGAACUCAAGGAACAUUAUAAGAUUGAAGCUUUCACUCCUUUGCUAGCCCCAGCACAGGAGCCUGUCACUCUGCUGGGCCAGAUUGGCUGUGAUAGCAACGGGAAACUGAACAACAAGUCAGUGAUUCUCGAGGGAGACCGGGAACAUUCCUCGGGUGCUCAAAUCCCAGUGGAUUUAUCUGAGCUUAAGGAAUAUUCUCUGUUUCCCGGACAGGGUGUGCCACUUCCAUUUUAUCAGCCCACUGAAGAGGAUGGAGACUUUGAGCAAAGCAUGGUCCUGGUUGCCUGUGGGCCAUACACCACGUCUGACAGCAUCACGUAUGACCCCCUGCUCGACCUGAUUGCUGUCAUCAACCAUGACCGGCCAGAUGUCUGCAUCCUGUUUGGCCCUUUCCUGGAUGCUAAGCAUGAGCAGGUGGAGAACUGUCUACUGACAAGUCCAUUUGAAGACAUUUUCAAGCAGUGUCUACGUACAAUUAUUGAAGGCACAAGAAGCUCCGGCUCCCACCUUGUCUUUGUCCCAUCGUUGAGAGAUGUGCACCAUGAGCCUGUGUACCCCCAGCCACCUUUCAGCUACUCCGAUCUGUCUCGAGAGGACAAAAAGCAAGUACAGUUUGUGUCCGAGCCCUGCAGCCUGUCCAUAAAUGGAGUGAUCUUUGGCCUGACGUCUACGGAUCUGCUGUUCCACCUGGGGGCCGAGGAGAUCAGUAGUUCUUCUGGAACUUCAGACAGAUUCAGCCGAAUACUCAAGCACAUCCUGACCCAGAGAAGCUACUACCCGCUCUACCCACCCCAAGAAGACAUGGCCAUUGACUAUGAGACUUUCUAUGUCUACGCACAGCUGCCUGUCACCCCAGAUGUCCUUAUCAUCCCGUCAGAGCUGAGAUACUUCGUGAAGGAUGUCCUCGGCUGUGUCUGUGUGAACCCCGGGCGCCUUACCAAAGGGCAGGUGGGAGGCACCUUCGCCCGACUCUACCUCAGGAGGCCAGCGGUGGACGGAGUGGAGAGGCAGAGUCCGUGCGUUGCCGCGCAGGUCGUCAGGAUCUGAGGCUUCUGUCCUCUGCUGUGUGGGCCCUUAAAGUCUUAGCCAAGAGCCAAGACGUAGCCCUGUGACAAGGUGAACAGUUGGGUAGGAAAGGAGAGAGGAGCCAGCCAGGGAGGGGCAGCUGCAGGGACCAGGCCCAGCAGGGAGGGCUCGUGCAGCCGGGCCUGCCUGUGAGUGGAGCCUCUCCUGGAAGGAGGCUGUUGCCUCUCAGUCCGUGCUCCAGGUACAGAAGUAAGCCAGCUGUGGAUCCCGCCCACUCAGAAAAGGCGAGAAGGCUUUGUGAUUUUCUGCAUGAAUCAAACGCAGAAACAACUUUUGGAGAAAUUAAAUUCUGAGUGUGACUUCUGA